AAAAGAGUCAAAAGAGUCAAAAGAAGCUAGCCAAGAUGGAUUCACCUUCUAGAGUUAGAGGAGGCUAUGACUACCAGUUUGUGGAGGAGCCUCCUCAUGGACUCAAGUGUGUCAUCUGUCUAGCUGUAACCAGGCAGCCACAACAACAUGGAGAGUGUGGCAAGCUCUUCUGUAGCAGCUGCAUUACUGAAUACAGAGAAACAAGCUUUGUGUUCCCAAAGUGCCCUCACUGCAGACAACACUUGGAGACAUUCAAUGAUGGAAAAAGUGCUCAAGAUGUGAUGACACUGAAGGUGAAGUGUGAAAAUCAGCCCAAUGGCUGUGCAUGGGAGGGAGAGCUCUACUCUAUUGAAGACCACAUGAAGAGGUGUGACCACGCUAUCCUGCUAUGUCCUAACAAGUGUGAGAGCAACCAAGAGAUUACCAAGCUUCAGCGGGGGCAGCUGGAGACACACAUCAACACAGAGUGUCCAAGACGACAGUACAAGUGUCCAUACUGCGAAGAAAUGGGUGAAUACGAGGAGAGAAUGAACCUGCACCUCAACCGGUGCCCAAAGGUCACACUCGAAUGUACAAACGAAGAAUGCGGAGAGAGGGUGCUGCGAUGUGAGAUGGAGAGGCACAAAUCUGAGUGUGAGUUUCAACGAACAUCAUGCAAGUUUGCAAGGUUUGGAUGUGAUCAUGAACUUCCCAAGAGAGAGCUGAAAACACACGAAGAUGAUGAGGGACUGCACCUACAGAGCACAAAAGAGAAGGUGCUGGAGCUUAUGGACCAACUAGAGAAACAAGAGGUGAAGUUCACAGAGGAAAUCAAGCAACAAGAAAAUAAGAUCAACUCGCUAACAGCUGCACCUCCAAAUAAAGCCAAGACGUUCGAGCUCACGAAAUAUCGAAAGUACAAAGUGGGCAACAAGCCAUUUCACAGUCCCAGUUUUUACUCCAGUUCGAAAGGCUACCGGUUGAGCAUCAGCGUUAAUACUAACGGUCUUGACGGAGGAGAAGAUACACACGUUUCAGUGUACGCCCAUGUGGAGAGGGGGGUUAACGAUGAUUCCCUCACAUGGCCCUUCCAAGGCUCAGUUAUCAUCGAGUUACUCAACCAGCUCGAAGACAAGAACCACAAACAAUACACCAUCAAGUUUCCGCAAGACGAGGAAGUUAGCGGGCGUGUCACUGGCAUGGUCAGGAAAAGGGGAUGGGGCACAACACACUUCAUUGCUCACAGGCACCUUGGGCACAAGUCUCGUAAGAACUGUCAGUACCUCAAAGACAACAAACUUGUGUUUAGAGUAGCAACGCAGCUACCCGAGUACAAGCCAUGGCUAGAGUGCGACAUGUGAAGUGAAGUUUCGAGGACACAUAAACACACACGUACACAUAGAACUAACUGGUGCAUGUAUACACAUUUAUUAUAGCGCAAAACUGUACUAUAAUUAUUUAUGUUUUUUUUUUUAACCCAUGUAUUUAUCUAGUUUGGCAACAGUUCUUAAACAUUAAUAAUUUACUUACAUGA